AUGGUCGACGAUUCAGCACUGGCCGCCGCCGCGGCCAUCGUGCAAUCCCUUGCCGCCGAUGGCACGACGCCCAUGUCUCUUCCCUUCAAGGUCGAUGCGCGAAUCGAGCUCCCUGGUCGUGACACCCCCGCAAAACGCAGCCUCGAGAACGAGCUGGCCAAGCUCGCGCAAAGAAUCGAAAAGCUCGAGAGCAGAGCCCAGGCUUCUGUAGCCUUCCCAGAGACACCCAAUGAAGUCCACGAUUCCAUCUUCGGCGGCGACGAUUCCGACGACCCAUCGCCGACAUCGUCCAACAGCCGCCCGAUCUCCAGGCCCAAGUUCCAACGCGAAGGUACCGCCACAGCCGAUCCAAGCCUCGCAGACAGCCCGCUGACUGACGAAGCCUUGGAAAGCUUGCAAGAGAAAGUGCUUGACCAGGAGAAAGGUAUCUCCAGCGCCAGACAGGAAAUCAGCAGCGUUAGCGCCCAGCUUCUCGAGCAGAAGGAACUCCAGGAACAGGCAUUCUUCAAGAUCGAACAGGAACGAGUCGCCACUCUGGAACGGGAGCUAUGGAAGCACCAAAAGGCGAACGAAGCCUUCCAAAAGGCCCUGCGGGAGAUCGGUGAAAUUGUCACAGCUGUUGCUCGCGGAGACCUUUCCAAAAAGGUUCGCAUGAACACUGUGGAAAUGGACCCCGAAAUCACAACUUUCAAACGGACAAUCAACACCAUGAUGGAUCAGCUACAGGUUUUCUCAAGCGAAGUCUCCCGCGUCGCCCGCGAAGUCGGGACCGAGGGUUUGCUUGGUGGCCAAGCCCGCAUUGAAGGUGUCGACGGCACCUGGAAAGAACUCACGGACAAUGUAAACGUUAUGGCCCAAAAUCUCACGGAUCAAGUGCGAGAAAUCGCAUCGGUAACAACUGCAGUCGCUCACGGUGACUUGACCAAGAAAAUCGAACGCCCCGCUAGAGGAGAAAUCCUGCAACUGCAACAAACAAUCAACACAAUGGUAGACCAACUACGAACUUUUGCCUCCGAAGUCACUCGAGUCGCUCGCGAUGUCGGAACUGAGGGUAUACUUGGUGGUCAAGCUGACGUUGAAGGGGUCAAGGGCAUGUGGAAUGAACUAACCGUCAAUGUCAACGCCAUGGCAAAUAAUUUAACCACCCAAGUGCGAGACAUCAUCAAGGUAACGACUGCUGUGGCCAAGGGCGACCUCACCCAAAAGGUUCAAGCGGAUUGCCGGGGAGAAAUUUUCGAUCUCAAGUCAACCAUCAACUCCAUGGUGAACCAGCUUCAACAGUUCGCGCGGGAGGUCACAAAGAUUGCCAAAGAGGUCGGCACAGAAGGUAGGCUCGGUGGCCAGGCUACCGUUCAUGACGUUGAGGGAACCUGGAGAGAUCUCACGGAGAACGUUAACGGCAUGGCGAUGAACUUGACAACACAAGUGCGCGCAAUCGCCAAGGUCACUACCGCCGUUGCGAAUGGUGACCUCACUGAGAAGAUAAGAGUGCCUGUAAGGGGUGAAAUCCUCGAUCUCAAGAACACCAUCAACACCAUGGUUGACCGUCUUGGAACCUUCGCCUUCGAGGUCAGCAAAGUUGCCAGGGAAGUCGGUACCGACGGAACUCUGGGUGGGCAAGCCCAGGUUGCCAACGUGGAGGGCAAAUGGAAAGACCUCACCGAAAACGUCAACACCAUGGCAUCGAACCUUACUUUACAGGUUCGAAGCAUUUCAACCGUCACCCAAGCCAUUGCCAACGGUGACAUGAGUCAAAAGAUUGAAGUGGAGGCACAAGGAGAAAUACGGGUCCUCAAGGAAACCAUAAAUAAUAUGGUUGACAGGCUGUCCAACUUCUGCAACGAGGUACAACGGGUGGCUAGGGAUGUCGGCGUCGACGGCAAGAUGGGCGCGCAAGCCGACCCAGCCGGUCUGAAGGGCCGUUGGCGCGAGAUUACGACGGACGUCAACACCAUGGCUAGUAACUUGACUACUCAAGUGCGGGCGUUCUCGGACAUCACCAACCUAGCGACAGACGGAGACUUCACGAAACUUGUCGAAGUGGAAGCCUCGGGUGAAAUGGACGAACUCAAACGAAAAAUCAAUCAGAUGGUGUCCAAUCUACGGGAUAGUAUCCAGAGGAACACGCAAGCUCGUGAAGCAGCAGAACUGGCCAACAAGACAAAAUCGGAGUUUUUGGCAAAUAUGUCUCACGAGAUCCGCACACCCAUGAAUGGCAUCAUCGGCAUGACCCAGCUGACGCUCGAUACGGACUUGACGCAGUACCAACGAGAGAUGCUGAACAUUGUCAACAGUCUAGCGAACAGUCUGUUAACAAUCAUUGACGACAUCUUGGAUUUGUCCAAGAUUGAGGCUCGCAGGAUGGUCAUCGAGGAAAUCCCGUACACGUUGCGUGGAACUGUGUUCAACGCUCUCAAGACCCUAGCCGUCAAAGCGAACGAAAAAUACCUCGACUUAACAUACCGCGUCGAUAGCUCGGUGCCAGACCACGUCAUUGGGGAUUCAUUCCGUCUUAGGCAGAUCAUCCUCAACUUAGUCGGCAAUGCCAUCAAGUUCACUGAGCACGGCGAAGUUAGCUUGACGAUCAAGAAGGCCGACCCCGUGGUUUGGGCCUGCAACCCUGAUCAGUACGCCAUCGAGUUCAUCGUCACUGAUACUGGUAUUGGUAUUGCAGCAGACAAGCUUGAUCUCAUUUUCGACACGUUCCAGCAGGCCGAUGGCUCCAUGACCAGGAAGUUUGGCGGUACCGGUCUCGGCCUGUCCAUCUCGAAGCGCCUUGUGAAGCUGAUGGGCGGUGACUUGUGGGUCAAGAGCCAGCACGGUCAAGGUAGCGAAUUUCACUUCACGUGCCGCGUUCGCCUGUCCGACCUCGGCGUCGAGGUUAUUGAAAAGCAAAUUAAGCCGUACAAGGGCCACGAGGUUCUUUUCGUCGACAAGGCGCAGUCCGGCUACGGAAACCAAAUCAAGACAAUGCUUUCCACCAUUGGCCUGAAGCCUGUCGUUGUUGACUCGGAAAAGAACCCGUUGCUCACCGACGUACGGGACGCCCAGGCAAUGCCGUACGACGUCAUCAUUGUCGACUCCAUCGACACGGCCAGGAGGCUCAGGUCCGUUGACGACUUCAAGUACCUGCCUAUUGUUCUCCUGGCGCCCGUUGUCCAUGUGAACCUAAAGUCUUGCCUGGACUUGGGCAUAACAUCGUACAUGACCACACCUUGUACUGCUGUCGAUCUCGGAAACGGCAUGAUUCCUGCCCUUGAGAACCGCGCCACGCCCUCCUUGGCCGACAACACCAAAUCGUUCGAGAUCCUCCUUGCUGAGGACAACCGGGUCAACCAGAGGCUCGCCGUCAAGAUCCUUGAGAAGUACCAUCACGUGGUCACCGUCGUUGGCAACGGUCUUGAGGCUGUUGAGGCCAUCAAGAGGAAGAAGUUCGAUGUUAUCCUCAUGGAUGUCCAGAUGCCAAUCAUGGGCGGUUUUGAGGCGACAGGCAAGAUCCGUGAGUACGAGCGAAGCCUAGGCUCGUACCGUACUCCCAUCAUUGCACUGACAGCCCACGCCAUGAUGGGUGAUCGUGAGAAAUGCAUCCAGGCACAGAUGGACGAGUACCUGUCCAAACCUCUGCAGCAGAACCACCUCAUCCAGACUAUCCUCAAGUGCGCGACCCUCGGUGGUCAGUUGCUGGAGAAGAACCGAGAGAGGGACAUGGCUCAGCAGUCGAGGGUCAAGGCCAGCACCAACGAGCACCCUCAGUCUCAUGUUCGUCCGCCCAUGGAUACCAGGUCCUUCACCUCCAAAGAACCAAUCAUGGGACCCAGCCCGGCCAGCCCCGCUUUGGCCUCAGUGGAUCAGGAAGAUCCCAUUUCUAGGGCACGUAAUGGCCUUUCCGACUCGCGCAGCCUAACAAGCUAA